GGCAUCAUCUCGCCUCCAAAUUUCAACCUCCACGACUCUCAUCUUCGUUCUUCGUUUCCUUCUGUAUUUAGAUCUUAGUCAAGGAGGUUUAUAACACUCACAAAAAAAAGAUGCAGAACGAUGAAGGACAGAUCACAGAGCUUUACAUUCCUAGGAAGUGCUCUGCUACAAACAGAUUGAUAACUUCAAAGGAUCACGCCUCGGUUCAGAUUAACAUUGGGCAUUUGGAUGAGAGUGGAAUUUACAAUGGCCAUUUCUCCACUUUCGCCCUCUGUGGCUACAUCCGUGCACAGGGAGAUGCUGACAGUGCACUUGAUCGCUUGUGGCAGAAGAAGAAAGUUGAAGCUAAGCAACAGUAGAUGUGCGUGAUAGGUUGUUAUGUGUUAAGUUUUAUUCUUGCUAGAGAUAUUUGAGUAUUAUGAUCUACAUUUUGCAAUACUUCUUUUGAAUUUCGUUUGGUGCCUCCUUCAAGCAAAGUUGUUUUUGGCUGUUUGAUGACAGUUCUUUGAUAAGUAUUUGGUUGUUUCCGUAGAUUUAUGUUAACAGUGAUCUUUUGUAAGGUUUGUUUUAACAGCCCAAAGGAAUGUAUGUUGCUCAAGUUAGUGCUGCUAUUGUCCAUAUGUGAUGGAUGAUGCCGUGGCAUAUUUAAAUUCCUAUAGAAAAUGGAGUGCUAAUUUCCUUUGGACUGUGUUUGGACAAGGCACUUGAAUUGAGUUAUGUAGUUUUUGAAUGUAUUUAAAAUCCACUC